GUCGUCCUUUUGGGGCUGAAGCACAUCAGUAGCAGCCAGACCAAAUGGUUGCGUGGCUGUGCCCAAGGCACCCCACGCCUAGCUCUCGAGAGACAGAAAAACCGAUGUCAGGCUUGGGUUAUGUAACAUUCUCCCCAAAACCCCUCAUCCAUCUUACGACCACAGGAUUAAUUGUCACUUCCAUCUCAAGCAAACGCCAGUGUUGAGUGUUCCUUCCUGUGCCGACCAACCCAUCCAUGGAUCCACUGUCAGUCGCAGCUGCCGCAGCAUCGCUGUCGGCAUUUUGCAGCAAGGCAAUUUUGGGGAUUCGAGCGGUCAAGGCCAGCUGGGACGAUGCCCCGCGCAGCCUUACGACGUUGGCCACCGAGUGCUCCACCCUCACGGCUUCGCUUGUAGUACUGCAGACCACGAUACGUGAGGAGCAGUCCCUGAUAGAAUCUCAGUCGUCGCAAAUGUCUUACCCGGAGCUGUUCGGACACGACGGCACGGUUACCGAGGCGCUCAACAACAUCAUUUGCAGCUGCUCGAUGGCCAUUGCAGACCUGACGAACGAGAUCGCCACCAUCCAGCGCCAUGCAAACGACAGCGGUGUACUCAACUCCGUCGGGCGGGCGUCAUUUGUGUUCAACGAGUCUCGGCUCAGAGAUUUGACGCACAAUCUCCAUGCACAGAGCGGUGCAUUGAGCAUGCUUCAAAUUGUUCUUCAAGGAAAGUCUCUCGUCGAGAUCAGGAAGAGGAUGCGUGAAAACGAGCCUUCCAUCCGAGAAGCAUGCGCCAAUUCCGAGAAAUCGUGGCGCCUCCAGAAUCAGAAUGCAGAGGCCCCACGGACGGUCGCCGAAGCAGAGUCAAUCCUGCACGCCGACGAAAUGACCGAAAUAUCCAAGGACUUUCAGUUGGAGCUCAUGGCCAGCCCCGUUUACCUGCGGACCCACAGCCGCAGUGGCAAUAUCCCGGGAGGGUGGUCCCCUGCCGAGCAGCCCAUUGAACCAGAGGUUGAGGAUACAACCAGCCUCUUUGCAUCAAUCAGGCGCCAAGAUUAUAAAAACGUCAGGUUGUUGCUCGAGCGCGGCGAAGAUGUUCAUCAGGUCGACCGCGGCGGGUUGACGCUGCUUCACAGAUGUGCCGAAAUCCCAGAAAAGACGGCCACGCGCAUAGCCACACUGCUGGUGCGCCAUGGGGCUGAUGUCAACUCACAUCGGCCCAACACCGGCAUGACUCCUCUUCGAUGGGCUGCACAAAGGGGUAACCUCACCAUGGUUAAAAUAUUGGUUGGCACGGGUGCGGACAUGACUAUCAAGGGGCCACUGGGGUUUCAAGCCAUCCAUGCCGCCGUCCAGUUUGGCCAUUGUGAGGUUGUCAAAUACCUUCUUAACCCAGACGAGGGUGUCGAAAAUGGUCUAAGCAUUUUGGUAGAGGCGUCUCUCUUUGACGACCGAGCUCUGAAGCGGGACAACUCAUGCAACCUCCUCCAUUUUGCUGCGACAGGGAACCCUGGAAUGGACAUGAUCAAAUUGUUGAUUGAAAGAGGACUCGACCCAAUGUCAAUUUCUGCAAAUUCGCGCUCGUCACUCUACUAUGCGAUUGCCAAUGACAACCCCGAAGUUUUACAACAUUUCUGCAAGCUUGGCUUUAGCGUCAUCUCCGAAAUUCUCCAAGCGGCCGAUAACAACACACCCGCUAAAUUGGCCUCCUUGAGUGCUACAGGCAUCGAUCUGGACAGUCGGGGUCUGGACGGUAGAACAGCGGCAUCCAUCUGUGCCGAAGGGAGACGGUCAACUGCCCUGCAAAAUCUUGUCGCAGAGGGAGCCUCAGCAACGCUCAUUGACAGCAGCGGACGUUCUCCACUGCUUUGGGCCGCUUACUUGUGCGACUCUCAGGCCAUUGAGCUCUUGGCGUCAAGAUACGCACCAAUACCGUUGGAUGACCUGCAAUUUGCGAUAGAGCACCAUAUCUCAUCGUCUUCGGCUAAUGACGAAUUCACCGAGCUACUGCUUACGACACUCGUGCAGCCACUUGACGAUCAACUUGCUCAAGAUAUCCUUGACUUCGCAAUUCGGCGAGAGUGGCUGUCGGUUGUUCUCGUUGUGCUGAAGCUGAGACCUACCGUUGACCUUAAAUGGGUCAUCCGUUGUGCUGGAUCAAAUGAACAGUAUGCUAUCAUGGAAAGGGUCAUCGAUGCGUAUCUUCGAGAUUCCGGGGGUGCUGUCGCUACGUCACUGGGCCGCUUCACAGCCGCCGUCGAGUCAGAUUCUCCCGAAGGAGUCCUUUGGUUCCUGACACUGGAACGUCACAAAUCAUUGGAACAUCGCAAAGGAACAGGUCUGGUAGCGCAAUUUCAGGAAUUCGUCCCGCUCGAGCAAGCAUUCAAUUCGACUAACGUGGAAGUGAUGCUACUUGUAAUUCAUCACUUGAUCGACCACAUCGACGCUCCUGAGCCGAAUACCAACGCGUCCACUUCAACUUUUCACAGAUAUAACAUUCUUACGACGAUCUUGCUUUCACCAAUGACCGAAAGCCUAGCAUUAACUAUGAUCGAAUUCUUUGUAGAGGAGAAGGGCCUAGAAAUGGCAAAACUUUCUGAGCAAGGCGAGACUCCACUAAUAUUCCUAAUGGCAAUUAAGCCAGGGUUCGUUCGCCUUGCCAAGUUUCUUAUCAAGUCUGGCUGCAGUCCCGACUCCCGAGUGGUCUCUCACAUUCCAUUCCAAGGUGGGAGCCACGUACUCCAUAACGCCUCCGCCCUUCAUUUGGCAAUUCUCACUGGUUCGGCAGAACUCGUCCGACUGCUCCUGGAAUGCGGGGCCGACGUCGACGCUCUCGGACACGUUGUCUUCGCCUCGAUACUCGAUGUUACAAAUAUCAACCAGCAAGGCGAGAGCCCGUUGAUGACAGCUAUACGAUCAGAGAAUAGCAGCCAAAUGGAAAUCAUAAGCUUAUUGCUCGAUCACAAUGCCGAUGUCUCCUCAACCGAUCCCUCGCUGCUGACCACAAUUUACGACAUUGGACUCCAGCAGGGGUUCCAACCCUUCAUAAACACAGCACUCAACCUCUAUACUAAUAAAUCUGGAUUUUCUCGAGAUGCAAGCCCACGAGCUCAUAGGAGGAAUUCCAGGAGCCUUAUCCAGAUUAAACCUCUCGUUUUGGCUUGCCUGGUGGGCAACAUGUCUGCAGUUAAGCGGCUGCUAGAAGUCAACAACGACGAGCUGUUCCCCAGAUCUGAGUUCGGAUUGCUCCACAUUGCGGUCUUGGCGAACGAUGUUGAACUCGCGGGAAUUCUCCUUGAAGACAGCCGGGUAGAUGCCAAUGAUAUAACAGUUAUAGGUGGCCAGGGCGAAUCGUUGGUUAUUGACCCCUUCACCCCGCUUAGCCUCGCAGCUAUAGCAGGGUUUGAAGAGAUGGUCAAGCUUUUGCUUCGCCACGGAGCUUGUAUGAACGGCUACCUCGACAUGUCAAACAACAUCAGCCCAGGCUGUAUCCCCCUUGCGCUUGCAGCGCGUCAAGGGGAAAUCAGCGUGGUCAAAAUUCUUCUUUUGCAUGGAGCGUAUCUAAAAGACUCCGAUAUUAGCUUCUCAGUUAGUCAUGGCGAGGCGGCGGAGGUGUUAAGGGAGGAAUUGGCGAGGCGCGACGCGCAUGCCACAAACAACAAAAGACCCGACGAGAGCUCUGUUGAUGUAUUUUUGAGAGAGCUCGCAGCAAGGCCAAAACUAGAAACCCCGACAGACACAACGUUGGCAGUAGCUCAGAGCGGUUCGAUUCACCCAAAAGCACCGAUUCAGGAUUCAAUACAACCUCCACCAAGAGCGCAGCCAAAGGUCCAGAGAAGGCGCAGUUUCAAAAUGAGGUUCAGCGGAGUAUUUAAGCGGGAAGCGACCGGUCCGGGUUUAGAUCCGUUGUUGGAAAUGGGUCUCUCUGUUGGUCCUCAAAUGAAUCUCGACAGACAACUCACGAUAACUCUCCACAAUUCGCCAAUUGAAUUGUCGUAGUGGUGCCAAAUGAGGGAAAAGCGGCAGGGUUCAGCUAAUAUGAAACAUUUAUUCAGUUACCUACAUUCCCAUCCUUGAAUAUUAACUACCGUAGUACCUUGGCCAAAUAAAUACCAUAGCCAAGGGAACAAAUCGACGAGCUGGGAGAAGAUUUUAAGAGCUACAUGUUUUUGGAUAUGAGAUAGGCCUCUACGAUUCUAAAAUAAGCAUUCUAAUAGCUCUUACCUAUUUCGGCGAAAACCCUUUCAGGCGAGCCGUAGGUAUUUCAGGCUUUUAAAAUAUCAGACAAUCCC